AUGAGCGGGGAGAUAGGGGAAGCUGGUGGAGAGGCAGAGCCGGGAGAAACUGAGAAGGUGGCCGGAGGAGGUGGACACACUACUGAAAUUCUGCGGAUAGUCAGCUCUUUGGGUCGACAAUACACUCCCAAAGUGUACAUAUCAGCGGACACAGAUCAUAUUAGCCAAGAUAAGAUUAAAGAACUUGAGAACAGUAUAACACAGAAGGAUCGAUAUGAGAUUGUGACAAUACCACGCAGUCGAGAAGUAAACCAGUCCUGGAUGAGUACUGUACUCUCAACAUUUUAUGCCUGUGUGUAUGCCAUACCCGUUCUACUCACCCACAGACCUGAUGUUGUUCUAUGCAAUGGCCCUGGAACUUGUAUACCAAUAUGUGGCGCUGCAUUUCUACUAAAGGUGCUGUAUGUGAAACGCACUAGGAUCAUCUUUGUAGAGAGCAUAUGUCGUGUGAAAACCCUCUCGUUGUCAGGAAAGAUGCUCUAUUAUUUCGCAGAUGAACUUUUGGUUCAGUGGCCAUCAUUGCUAGAUUUGUAUGGACGAUGUCGCUACAUAGGAAGAUUGGUGUAGCCCUGUGAAGUUCUAAAUGCGGUUUUGUGUCUAUAAGUUGUACAAAAAGCUCAUACUAGACUAUAUGAUAAAAAAUGCCAUUCAUAUAGAAGAGCAUAGCAUUUCUAGUAUCACAUUACUAUAGAUAUGUGCUCUUAUUUAAUAUAUGAUAAGAAAAGUAUUUAUGCAUCAGAGGCAAAUCCUUUUUGUCAAGUCAAUUUAUAUGUUCUCAAUAGAUCCAUCAUGCAGUCAGUAUACUGUGUUUACGACUGCAUAUUUGGUAACUAUCAUAUAGGUGCAUAAUAGAAAAAUUACUGUAGGCGUGCAUGUAGCUUAAUGUAUAUAUAUGUAAAUAAAGUACAAUAGUAUGAAAGUGAA